GUGCAGUGUUUUUUGUGGGGAAGAGGGACGGCUCUCUCCGCCCCUGCAUUGACUACAGGGGGCUUAAUGACAUCACAGUGAGGAAUCGUUAUCCUAUUCCUCUUAUGAACACAGCCUUUGACCACAUUCAGGGGGCUAAGGUGUUCACUAAGCUUGAUCUUCGCAAUGCCUACCACUUGGUCCGUAUUAAGGAAGGUGGAAAAGUUCCUCCAAACCAUUUGAGAAUAACGAUGAUUGGUGGAUCAUGGGGUGGAAAGAGCUCAGCAGGAAACAUCAUUCUAGGAAAAGAAGCAUUUGGUGUUAAUAAAGGUCUUGGAAGAAAGACAACAGUCAGUGAAAUCAGCCACAGUGUGGUUGAAGGAAGGCGGCUCACAGUGGUGGAUUCUCCUGGGUGGUUCUUCAUCCACACCCUUCAGGACACCAGUGAGAUGGACAAACUGGAAAUAGAGAACAGUGUGAAUCUCUGUCCUCCAGGACCACAUGCUGUGCUGCUGGUUAUUCCUCUGGCAGUCAAUGCUGAUCCAUCAUAUCUGAGAUCUAUCCAGGAACACAUGAGUCUGUUUAGAGAAGAAAUCUGGAAACACAUACUGGUUCUGUUUACCUAUGGUGACUGGUUAGGAGGGAAGACUGUGGAGGAGUAUAUAGAGAGCGAUGAAGGUCUGCAGUGGAUAGUGAACAAGUGUGGGAACAGGUAUCAUGUUCUGAACAACAAGGACCACAAAGAGGAGUGGAACAGACGGGAGCAGGAGCUGAUGGAGAGAAUGAUGAAAGCUUUAGCAAAGGAACCAGAGAAACCAACAGUUCCCUCUGUGGAGGUGGCAAAGAGCAAGAAUGACUUUAUGAUUCCAGACAUGAGCGGAGAUGAUGCCUCAGAAUAUGGGAGCAUUUCUGAGAUUAGGAACCAACGAGCUCAUAACAACAUUGCUGAAUGGCUGGCUAAGAGA